AUGGCCCUACAGCCCCACACACUGCCCCCACAUCCCCACACAGUCCCCCACAUCCCCAUACACUGCCCCUCACAACUCCACACAGUCCCCACAUCCCCACACUGCCCCCACAUCCCCACACAGUCCCCCACAUCCCCACACUGCCCCUCACAACUCCACACAGUCCCCACAUCCCCACACACUGCCCCUCACAUCCACACAGUCCCCACAUCCCCACACACUGCCCCUCACAACUCCACACAGUCCCCCACAUCCCCACACAGUCCCCCAUCCCCACACACUGCCCCUCACAACUCCACACAGUCCCCACAUCCCCACACACUGCCCCUCACAACCCACACAGUCCCCACAUCCCCACACUGCCCCUCACAACUCCACACAGUCCCCACAUCCCCACACACUGCCCCUCACAACUCCACACAGUCCCCACAUCCCCACACUGCCCCUCACAUCCCCACACACUGCCCCUCACAACCCACACAGUCCCCACAGUCCCCACAUCCCCACACACUGCCCCUCACAUCCCCACAUCCCCACACAGUCCCCCACAUCCCCACAGUCCCCCACAUCCCCACACACUGCCCCUCACAACUCCACACAGUCCCCCACAUCACCACAGUCCCCACAUCCCCACACACUGCCCCUCACAACUACACAGUCCCCACAUCACCACAGUCGUCCACAUCCCCACACACUGCCCCUCACAACUACACACAGUCCCCCACAUCCCCACAGAUCCCCACACACUGCCCCUCACAACUACACACAGUCCCCCACAUCCCCACACACUGCCCCUCACAACUACACACAGUCCCCCACAUCCCCACACACUGCCCCUCACAACUACACAGUCCCCACAUCCCCACAGUCCCCACAUCCCCACACUGCCUCACAACUCCACACAGUCCCCCACAUCCCCACAGUCCCCACAUCCCCACACACUGCCCCUCACAACUCCACACAGUCCCCACAUCCCCACACUGCCCCUCACAACUCCACAGUCCCCCACAUCCCCACACACUGCCCCCACAUCCCCACACAGUCCCCCACAUUGCCACUCACAACUCCACACAGUCCCCCACAUCACCACAGUCCCCACAUCCCCACACACACUGCCCCUCACAACUACACAGUCCCCACAUCACCACAGUCGUCCACAUCCCCACACACUGCCCCUCACAAAUACACACAGUCCCCCACAUCCCCACAGAUCCCCACACACUGCCCCUCACAACUACACACAGUCCCCCACAUCCCCACACACUGCCCCUCACAACUACACACAGUCCCCCACAUCCCCACACUGCCCCUCACAACUCACACAGUCCCCACAGUCCCCACAUCCCCACAUCCCCACACUGCCCCUCACAACUACACACAGUCCCCACAUCACCACAGUCCCCCACAUCCCCACACACUGCCCCUCACAACUCACACAGUCCCCACAGUCCCCACAGUCCCCACAUCCCCACACACACUGCCCCUCACAACUCCACACAGUCCCCCACAUCCCCACACACACUGCCCCUCACAACUCCACACAGUCCCCACAUCCCCACACACUGCCCCUCACAACUCCACACAGUCCCCACAUCCCCACACACUGCCCCUCACAACUCCACAGUCCCCACAUCCCCACACACUGCCCCUCACAACUCACACAGUCCCCACAUCCCCACACACUGCCCCUCACAACUUCACACAGUCCCCACAUCCCCACACAGCCACUCACAACUCCACACAGUCCCCACAUCCCCACACACUGCCCCUCACAACUCAACACAGUCCCCCACAUUGCCACUCACAACUCCACACAGCUCCCCACAUCCCCACACAGCCACUCACAACUCCACACAGCCCCCACAUCCCCACACAGCCACUCACAACUCCACACAAUCCCCACAUCCCCACACACUGCACCUCACAACUCCCACAGUCCCCCACAUCCCCACACACUGCCACUCACAACUCCACACAGUCACUCACAUCCCCCACAUUCCCCUCACACAGUGCAAGUGUUUUUAA